GUGACGUCCAGGCUAGAUGAGGUGAAACGGUUAUUUUCAGUUAACUACAUGGCUGUUUAAAGAGCGGAGGAAGCUACACCUGAACCGGCGCGGUGCUUUUGGUUCACGGAAUAUAAAGCUCAUCGGUCGCUCUCCUGCUAAGGAUUUUAUCUACAUCUCAGGUUGUUGUUUUAGUUUAUUGCAAUGUUAUCAUCCGUUCCAACCAGACUACUGACGCGAAGGUCGCGCAGCCUGUCACCGUGUGCUCGGGUGCUUCAGACCAGCGCCAGCGGAGCCGCAGUUCAAACACCGGCGGAGACCAACCGCAACCCCAUCGUAUCCACGUCCCGGGUCUCUAGGAGGGGGAUUUUGUCAGAGGAGACCGCUGGUACCAGCGUGAACCAUUCUGUGCAGUACCACCACCUCGCCCCAAGAUGGCUGUCAAACCUUGAGAAUCGCCGUAGUUCAUGGGCGGCUUUGGCCAGCAGAGGGCGCCAAAACAACCAAUACUGGGAGGACGGCAAGCAGAGCGGUGGAAGCGGGAGCCGGGGUUCAGGUGGAGAUGCCAGCCGAGCCGGACUGGCCUCAGCUGGGGUGCUGACAGCCGCAGCGGUGGCCUUUUGCCUGAGGAAAGACUCAGAUAACAAAGGUGAUGCUCUUCUGGAGGCAGCAAGAAUCAAUAAUGCACAAGAUGUGUCCAGGCUAAUAAAAGAAGGCGUGGAUCCAAACCAGCGCCACCGCCUGGGGUGGACGGCUCUCAUGGUGGCUGCGAUGAACAGACAGCACAGUGCGGUGAAGGUUCUUCUUGAAGCCGGUGCCGACCCGAAUGCAGGAGAUGACUUCAACAAUGUUUAUGACACCUCUAGGGAGAAAGGCAUCCACUCUCUGGAAGUUCUGGUGUCCAGAGAGGAUGAAUUCAGCAGCAGGCUCAGCAGCAGGGCUGGUUUCCGUGGCUGCACUGCUCUUCACUACGCCACAUUGGCAGAUGACCCACUGGCUGUCCGCAUGCUUCUGGAGGCUGGUGCCAACCCGCUGCAAACCAAUGGCCUGGGACACACGGCGCGGGCCUAUGCCAAAGAGGGAGAAGUGAGCACAAUGCUGCAGGAGUGGGAGGGAAAGUUUAAGGAGCUGCAAGAGCGUCGGGAGGCAGAGGAAAGGAGGAGAUUUCCCCUGGAGAGGAGGCUGAAGGAGCACAUCAUCGGUCAGGAAGGGGCCAUCAAUACAGUGGCUUCAGCCAUCAGAAGAAAGGAGAACGGUUGGUACGAUGAAGAGCAUCCUCUCGUCUUCCUUUUCCUUGGCUCAUCUGGAAUCGGAAAGACGGAGUUGGCCAAGCAGGUGGCACGCUACAUGCACAAGGACGUUAAAAAGGGUUUCAUUCGUAUGGACAUGUCUGAGUUCCAGGAAAAACAUGAGGUGGCGAAGUUUAUUGGCUCUCCUCCAGGCUACGUUGGCCAUGAGGAAGGCGGUCAGCUAACCAAGUUGCUGAAGGCAUGCCCCAACGCUGUGGUCCUGUUUGAUGAGGUGGAUAAGGCUCAUCCUGAUGUUCUUACCAUCAUGCUGCAGCUGUUUGACGAGGGACGUCUCACAGACGGUAAAGGAAAGACCAUUGAGUGUAAGGAUGCCAUUUUUAUCAUGACGUCAAAUGUUGCAAGCGAUGACAUUGCCCAGCAUGCUUUGCAACUGAGGCAGGAGGCUGAGGAGGUCAGUCGGAGGAAGCUGGCCGACAACCUUGAGGAUGUACAGAAAAGUGAUGACAUUAAAAUCUCCCAACAGUUCAAGGAAUCCGUGAUUCGGCCCAUCCUGAAGGCUCAUUUCCGGAGGGACGAGUUUCUCGGUCGGAUCAAUGAGAUCGUGUACUUCCUGCCGUUUUCUCACUCGGAGCUGCUGCAGCUGGUCGGCAAAGAGCUCAACUUCUGGGCCAAAAAGGCUAAGCAGCGCCAUGACAUCACUCUUCAGUGGGAUCGCCAGGUCCUGGACCUCUUAGCAGGUGGAUAUAACCUCCACUAUGGAGCACGUUCCAUCAAACAUGAGGUUGAGCGACGUGUUGUCAACCAGCUAGCUGCGGCGUACGAGCAGGAGCUGCUGCCAAAAGGCUGCACCCUACGGCUCUCCGUCCAAUCAGAAGGCCGGGAGGAGCGCAACUCGCCCAGCCUGCGCCUUGAGGUAGUGGGAGAGGACAGCUCCUCAAAAAUGCUGGACAUCCGUCCACCACUGAAUCCUGAACACUAAAAAAAAGAAAAACCCAUCAUCGUCAUCUACAGCAGCAUGACCCAUUAUAGAGAGGAUGGAUGGAAACCAAUGGAUCGUAAUAAAAACAAAGUUUGUUAUAAAAGCGAGUCUGAAAAAUAUCCCCGCUUCUGAUUCCGCAUACAGAAGUGUCUGUUUAGAGAAAAGUUUAUGGGUUGUUUGAAGAAGAAACACAAGAUCAGCCAUGUUCCUGCACCUGUUGAGACGUUCACUGCUCGCUUCCAGCAUCAGGACCACACAUCAUCCUCAAGCAUUGUAUUAGCUUUCUGCUCUGUGCUGUUAGUUAUACUGUGAAAAGUGUUUGUUUACAAUGUAAUGCAGAGUUAAAGCCAAAUGUAUACCAUAUUUAUUGAAAAAGAAUCUAUAGUAGAGUUAAUGUGAUUUAUAGAUUGAAUUCAGCUGCUUUCUAUCCAGUUGAGUGGAGGUGAGAUAAACACUGAAACUGAUGUAAAUUAACUGAAGGCCUCAGUUUUAGUGAGUGUGAAUUUUUCUUUUAAAUAUUUACAGUAGAGUUGUCUAUUUUCACUUUAUUCAUUUUAGCGUUAACACAUAUCGGUCAUGAACUGGCCCACACUAGAAGAACAUCACUAAACCUUUUCAUCUAAAGGUGUGAUAAUACAGAGAAGUUAACAGUAGUAGAUCAUUUGAGGUGAUCAAUAAAUCCGCUUUUAAAUUGUUAGCUUUGAAAACAUUAAAAACGCCAAGAUUUAGCAACAUGACUGUUUAACAGCUGGUUGACAAUAAGUCACAUUUCUGCUCCUUGUAAUGUGACCUACAGCAUGUAAAUAAA